UUUAGCAAGGUCACACGGUGGAGUAUCGCAUUUCAGUCCUCAAAAUAGAAACCAGGGGUCAAUCAAGGUGGCAGCAAUAAUCACACAGGACAUUGACAAAUGACAUGAGCACAAGCACACUGUGUCACGUUCGGUGUGUGAGGCCACGACUCCCGUCCCCUUCGAGAUUCCGCACGAAACGAGUCCACUUCGUAUCGCCGCCCGGUGGUCCGCCGCCGCUCGCCGGAGUAGCAGCAGCAGCCGUAGCAAGGAGUAGGCAAGAGACACCGGAUGGGGAUCCUGGGCAAAGGCUCGGGGUGGUGCUUCUGCUCCCGCGGGGCCAAGCUGGAGCGGAUCAAGUCCAGCCUCCUCGCCGCAAAGGGCGCCGCCAUAGCUGCCGUAUCCUUCCCCAGUGGCGGCGGCGGAGGAGGAGCUGGAGGCAAAGGCGGGAGCGGGUUCCUCAUCCACCGCAGCCUCCUGCUCACCACGCACGGCACCAUCCCUUCGGCCGCCGCGGCGGGCGCCGCCGAGGUUCGGCUCAGCCACGGCCGCCUCCUAGCUCGCCUGGUGCCGCAAAGGUUCUUUAUUACCAGUUCUAUACUUGACCUUACAAUAGUUGGCCUUGAUGUCGUGGAUGAUGACCUGAGUUCACAUGGGCAACAGCCUCAUUUUUUGAAAACUUGCUUGAACCCCAGCUUGGACCUUGGCAGUACGGUUUUGCUACUGGGCCACAACAGAAAUGAUUUGGCUGUAGGUGAGGGGAAGGUUGUAAUAGCUACAGACAACCUUAUAAAGUUCUCGAUUGAUGAAGUCUUGUGGCAUCCUGGAUCUGCUGGGUUUGAUAUGCACGGCAACCUAGCUUUUAUGGUCUGUGAUCCCAUGAAGAUUGCACCUUCUACACCCAAUGGGUAUGCUUCUGCAUCAUCAACUGCCAUUUGUACAUCAAAAAAGGAUGUGCCCACACAGUUUGGGAUCCCUAUCCCUGCAGUAUGUGAAUGGUUAAAACAACAUUGGAAUGGUUGCUUGGAAGAUGCUAGCAAGCCGAUGAUGACUCCUGCACGAUUGACAACCUGUGGAGAACGAAGUGGGUGUUCUUCCCUUGGUCGUCUUCGUUAUAUUAAGACUGCAGAGGUUGAAGGUGGUGAUGUCUUGUCAUCAUCACAGAUGCCACCAAGACCAACAUGGCAGCAUGGAGCAUGCAGUUCAGCAUCUGCCAAGAUUUCACAUGGCGAAAAUGAUUCGAUUGGCUCACAUUCUUUCCAUGGGCAACAUGAGCAGAGCUCAAAAAUUUGCAAACCUCAUAAAGAGCAAGCUACUUCACUUGUGGAUCAUUCAAGAUCUAUUCGCCUACCCCUUCCCUUAAAGCAAAUGCUGCCUGAUGAUAACAAGGAUGAGGCGAACAGUCAAGCUCCGCACAGAACAGAACCAUCUAAUGUGCAAAUGAACUGUGGCACUCUUCACAAUGUUGCUUACCAUGAAAAUUGCUGGAGUGAGGUGCAGUCCAGUUCUUCUCCAGUUGUGAUAUCGGAAAUAGGAGAUGGGAGGGACGGUUUUAGCAGCGGUGAGGAGACAAUGUACUCUGCUGAAACAAGGGAAAGCCGGAACAUUCCAAGUCCAAAGGAAAAGAAAACCGGGAUGGUUGGUAGAUCACAGAGUCUUGUGAACCGUAGCAAAUGGGACUCGCCUAAAAGCGUUGAAUCUUCGAGAGGGUUUCCCUCGAAGUCACAGACCUUCAUUCCGUUAAGGAAACCGCACCUGCAGGCCGCAUCCAUUUCACAGAAGAGCCAAGAUUAUUUCAGCCCGACCGUCUCGUCGAACAUGAAGAAGAGGAACCUGUCCCAAACUCCCAUGAAACCCAGGCAGCGUGCUCAAGUCACCUCAAAGUGGAUUACUUGAUGCAUUCGCCUGCCCCAGGAAUCAUACAAAGAUAACAUGUUCUUGGGUUCACCCGGUCCCAUGCUGCAUUUCUUUUUCUUUUCAUUUAUCCCUUUUAGAUGCAUUUGUAAAUGCAUUCUAGUCAUGGACUAUUCUAGUCAUUCUUUAUUUAGGGUACGUUAGGAAAUGCUGCUCUUUACCCUGCAAUUCUCUACUGAAGGGUUAGACAGGUUGCCAUCACAAAAUACAACGUUUUCCCUCCUCCUGACUCCCGCAGCUGGGCGGAUACAAGCCUGGGCCAACCUGUCCAUGUCCCGGGAUAUGAUUCAUAUAUCUCUAGUUAUAUUUAUUAUUUCUAGAUCAAAAUAUAUUAGAAGAAUAUUAUAUCCAAUAGACCGAUCCGGGCGUGAUCGGAUCCUAAAUUGGCCUCUAAGGAGAGGUGAGAAGUGUGGGACCUGGUCUUCUCCAGUCUUCACUCCCAAGUGUCAGCUCAAGGGAUAAUUCACAGGAAUGGUUUGCCCUUGCUGGAUUGCUCCUGAGUCCUGAAGCUCUCUGCAAGGCUGUGCUGCCCUUUUGUUGAGGUGAAUAAGGUGACAGCUCUGCAACUGUGUUGUUUCCCUUUCUGUGUUGGAAGGUGAAUAAGGUGGCGUCUUAUGCUUUAACAACCAUCACCAGUCCAAGUCGGAGACCUCCACCCCUGGGCCCUGGCGGCGGAGCCACAGGACGAGGAGAGCUAGCACCGGACGGUCAUCAGGAAGACGACAAACCGCUGAGGCGCAGUCGAUGCCGACGGUACAGGUGGUCUCUCAGGUAGGCCAAGCCGCCAGGGCUUCGCAUGCAGUAUCCCAGAAGGCUAGAAACAUAGUUUUUCACUUGAUCGUGCAGCGAUGCAGGUGUAAAAUGUAAGCAUGAAACAGUUGGUUCAAAAAAAAUUAAGUGAUAGAGCCCUCCUAACAUGUCAAACUAACAACACUUAAAGAUAGGAGUGUUACAAUC